ACUGCAGGGUGAUUUCUGAUUAAACUCACAUAUUAUAAACAUUCCAGGGAUGAGCAUACAAUAGAUAAUUUUGUGUCUAGAUGGAUAUCAUUUAUUCCAUACUGGCAUGAGAAAAGGCAAGGUUCUGUACAUUCAUAUGAACUGUUCUUGAUAUGAUCUUUGAUCUGAAUUGAUAUUUCAGAUUUACUGUAAAAUAUGAAUUCAAAAAACAAGUUAAGCAUUUUAACACUAAUUGUUUUCCCAUUUAUGACUGCUGCAACAAAGAGGCAUCAUCCUUCAGAGCAAGCCAACAGCACCGACUUGGUGACGGAGUUUGUCCUCUUGGGCUUCCCGUCCCUCUCGCCCCUCUUCCGCCUGCUUCUGUGUUCUCUGCUUUCCAUUUGCUAUGCCUUUACCUUGGUGGGAAACCUGUGCAUCAUGUGGACUGUUCUGCGGGACUCCCGCCUCUCCCACCUACCCAUGUACAUCCUCUUGGGGAACUUCUCCGGGCUGGAGAUGUGUUAUGUAAGUGCCACAGCACCCCGUAUGCUCUCAGAUCUGGCCUCCCCACCACCAAGCACCAUCUCCUUCCAUGGCUGCUUCCUCCAGUUCUACUUUUUCUUCUCUAUGGGAACCACAGAGAGCUUCCUUCUCGCUGCCAUGGCCUUGGAUCGGUACUUGGCCAUCUGCCACCCACUGCGUUACCCGAUCCUCAUGUCCCGGAGGUCUUGCUGUAUCCUGGCAGCCUCCUCCUGGGUGUCUGGCUUCCUGUGGUUCCUGGGGCCCAUUGCUUUGAUUUCUCAGCUCCGUUUCUGUGGCUCCAACAUCCUCGACCAUUUCAUCUGCGACCCCGGGCCGCUGCUGGCCUCCUCCUGUACUCCAGCCCCUGGCACGGAAAUAGCCUUCUACAGCCUCAGCUCGACUGCCAUCUUUGGCCCUUUCCUCUUCAUUGUGUGCUCCUACACCACAAUUCUGCGGGUGGUGCUGAGGUUGCCUUCUGCUGCGGGGAGGCAAAAGGCCUUCUCCACUUGCACCUCGCACAUGGCAGUAGUGGGCCUUUUCUACGGCUCCAUCAUGGCCACCUAUGUUGCCCCCGAAGCAUCAGGGGGCAGCAACAAGGUGGUGACCCUCUUCUAUGCCGUGGUGACUCCCUUGCUCAACCCAGUUAUCUACAGCCUGAGGAACAAGGAAAUGAAAGAGGCCUUAAAAAGGACACUAUUACAGGGAAGUUAGAGGCGCUGAUGCGGGGGUGGUUGGUUUGGACCUUGGCAAAAAGAUCUGGGCCCUUCCCCCUAUAGAGGGUCGCUGUUAUUUAUGAAUUUAUUACAUUUCUAUAUCACCUUAUCCAAAGGCUCUGGGCCUUUGUUACUGGCCAAGGUUGAUGUAUUUGAAAAAUGAUGUACUGUGAUGCUAUUUGUAUGGUACUGUAUCUUGUCAGUGGUAUUUUUCAAUAAUUAUAACUGUUUUCUUUCAAUAUUGUAUUAUAAUUUUCAGGCAUUUUUCUGAUUACAGUGGCCAACAUACUGCACAU